AUUUCUAUUAGUUGGGGUCUGUGGUUGGAUGAGGGUUGAUGGUAGAUAUUAAACUUACUUAUAGUGGACGAACUAGGUACUUAUGUGUUUCACUUUCUGUAACAAUGUUAUUACCUUACCUAACAUUCUCUUCAACCCAAAGUACGUCGAUCAAAAUCCAGCUAUCAUGUUACUAUGUAAUCCCCUAACAUAAUUUUUGCAAUGAUUAUUUUUUGUUUGUUUACUGUUCAAAUGCCUAUCCCAGUUUCCUAGGUGGUUGAGUAGCAGGUGGCCACCCAGGCUUCGUGAAAAUGAGCCCUCCAGACAAGGUUCAAGUCCAAACGGAGAUAAAGCUGGAAGAUGGAGUAACAAUAGUUCCGGAGAAUGUUACUGACAUACAAAACUACUUGGACACCUUCAAUAAGGAGAUCCAAGGCGGUGAACAGGUGGUUCAACAAGUUGGAGUAGUAGCAGCCGACGAAGGUGGAUCCGAGGAAGGUACUUACUAUGUGGACCAGGCCGGUCAGUACUAUUACCAGUCGGCGUCCUGUGAUGGCCAACAAGUUAUGACUGUUGUCUCUGGUUUACCAGGAGCUAGUGGUGAGAGUGGGGAAAGCUUUGUAGCAUUGCCAGCCAGUGCUGCCUCGUCUCAACGCGACAAUGUUGGCGGCAGUGCGCCGCUGCUGAUUCAGGCUGCGACGGGUGGCGGGGCGUCAGCUUCGGGGGGCGGGACCACAGUGGGCGGGGCAACGGUGGGAGGGGCAUCGGCAGAGGGCGGGGGCGGAGCCACUUAUCAGACAGUGACGAUCGUGCCGUCCGAGACCAAUCCGGGCGAACUGAGCUAUCUGCUUAUUGUGCAGCAGCCGGGCGAUGAGGACGAAGGUGAAGAUGGCCAGAAGGACAAGGAUGAAGAUGACGAUCAUGACCUCACUGUUUAUGAUUUCGAUGAUGCCGAGGAUGUGGGCACUGUUAGUGGAAUGGAAUCUGGCGAUGAAGAUGACAAAUCGAAAAUAGUGAAAUUUAUGCCAAAGAAGUCUCAGACUGUUACACAGGCGCACAUGUGUAACUAUUGCAACUACACAAGCCCCAAGCGGUACCUGUUGUCGCGGCACAUGAAGUCUCACUCGGAAGAGCGACCGCACAAAUGCAGCGUGUGUGAACGCGGCUUCAAGACACUGGCCUCGCUACAGAACCAUGUCAACACACACACCGGCACCAAGCCUCACCGCUGCAAGCACUGCGACAGUGCAUUCACCACCUCUGGUGAAUUGGUAAGACACGUGAGGUACAAGCACACACACGAGAAACCACACAAAUGCACAAUAUGUGACUAUGCCAGUGUCGAACUGAGUAAAAUGAGGAAUCAUAUGCGAUGCCAUACUGGAGAAAGGCCAUAUCAGUGCCCGCAUUGUACGUACGCCAGCCCGGACACGUUCAAGCUGAAGCGCCACCUGCGGAUACACACGGGCGAGAAGCCCUACGAGUGCGACAUCUGCCACGCCCGUUUCACACAGUCCAACAGCCUCAAGGCGCACAAACUCAUUCACAGCGGUCAGUUACACACUUCUAUUUCGCCUCCGUCAUUGCUAGGUGUACUUACUGAAAAUUCAUUCAAUGAUUUUGAGGAUUGGAAUGAUUUCCAUUUCCGGGUAGACAACUUCAGUAUGUCAGCUUUACAGUUCGCCAAGUUUUCAGUGCACAGUAAAUCGCACGAGGGCGAAAAGUGCUGGCGCUGCGAAUUGUGUCCGUACGCGUCGGUGUCGCAACGCCAUCUUGAGUCGCACAUGCUCAUCCACACCGACCAGAAGCCCUAUCAGUGUGACCAGUGUGAUCAGUCAUUCAGACAGAAGCAGCUGCUGAGGCGGCACCAGAACCUGUACCACAACCCGAACUACGUGCCGCCGCCGCCGCGCGAAAAGACGCACGAGUGCCCCGAGUGCCAGCGCGCCUUCCGCCACAAGGGCAACCUCAUCCGCCACCUCAGCGUCCACGAUCCGGAAAGCUUGGCCCAAGAGAGGCAGAUGCUGCUCAAGCAGGGCCGGCAGCGUAAGCUGCAGAACAUUAACGGCCAACGGGUGGAGGUGAUACCAGGCGACGAAGACGACGAGGAUGAGGAUGAUGAGCUGAACGGGCAGGUGAUGGCAGUGGAGGGGUCGGACGGCCAGCAGUACGUCGUGCUCGAAGUCAUUCAGCUGCAGGACGACAAUGGACAGGAGCAAGCGGUUGCGGUGAUGGCGGCUGACGGCGGCUUGGAACAGGCGGUGGCCGCCCUCCACGGAGCAGGUGCCGAAGACGACGAGGAGGAAUUGGACGAAGAAGAUGAGGAGGAAGACGAUGUCCACAUAACACCUGAUAUGGUGGAGGAUCAUGAGAUGAUGAGCAGCCUGCGGCAUCAGACGCGGCAGAAGACACAACAUGACAUGGCCAACUGCUUCGGGUUCGAUGACGAUGAGGAGGAAGAGGAAGAGGACGACAUCGGCAUCUCACUCAAGCAGUCCAACACCAAAUCCAUUCAUCUCUUGCGUAGUGGCUUACAAUGAACCAAUUAAGAUUUCGCAUUAAUCACCAUUGUAAUCCUAUCCACGCUGGAAGUGUACUCGAUAAAAGCUGUUUAAACUUUAUUGUUGGAGCACUUUCUUGUGAUAGUCUCAGCGUAACGUCUUGUAACGUCUCAGCGUGAACGUUAUUUGCAAUCAUUUUGAAAGCUGUUGCCAGUUAUGUUUUGUGAACAUAACAUGAAUCCUGAGUAAAUUGAAUUUGCCAUUAUUUGAAAGCAAUUCUUUAUCACAAUGAGCAUUAUUGUAUGCUUAAUGGAGAUAUUAAAUGCGUGUAUUGUUACGUCACCACCUAACAACAUUGAAGUUUAUUAGUCAUAGAUCAUACAUGUCUUGUAACAUGACUAACAAAACAUUAUGCGCGAUUAUAGUUGUGGAAAAAUUCUUGUUGAACGAGUUGAAUGUAAAUAGUCAGUAAAAUUAGUAAAUUAUUAAAAAAUUGAUAUUUUCCUAUUUAUGAAUGACAAGUUUUACGUUGUUGUAUUCAGUGACUGCUUAUGAACGUAUGUGAAUGUUGAUUCCGUAGACUUAAUACAGGGAUUUUUUAAUGUCAGAUUGAACCUCGGGUAUUCAUUCCAAAAUGGUUUCAUGGUUUCUAGAGGGGACUGUCAUACACAUUUACCGUACUUCCAAAUAAAUAAAGUAUUUAUCUAUUUAUUCACUUGGGUAUUGAUUAAAUUGAAUUAGUCACUAUUGUGACUACUACUAUCGACUUGUUUUUUUAUAAUAGGUACUAUAAAUAUUUCUCACUGUAUUUAUGAAAUAUUAAAUUUAUUAUUGUUCAGUUAUCACAGUAAAUUGAAGUAUCGUUAAGUUUUCAGAGAACAACGUUGAUAUAUCUACUUGUAUUCUGAUGCAAAUUUACCUGAUACUAUGUUUCUAUCAGAAUGAAAAUGCAUCCUAUUUCUGUUACUAUUUUAAUGUUGGAAAUAUAUAUCUCUAAAAUUCCUUCCUGGAAAUAAGAUUUACUAUUGUAAAAAUGCAUGUUAGUCACAAUUUGUAAAAAUUGAUAACUUGUUUAAUAAAAAAAAAAACAAAGUAUGGUACCAAUUUUUUUACAAAUUUUUCUACAUAAUAGGUGUAAAGUUUACUCACCGCCCCUAUGGAAAUUUUAUAAUUUUUCAACUUGAAAUCUAUAUUGACUUCACGUUAUAAGUUAAAUCUAUAGUGACUUGGCGUUACAAUUUAUUCACUCAGUUCACAACACCUGUUUUGAACAUGAACAAUUUCUUACUUUGUUUGUGUGUUGAUCUUCUUCCUACGUUGCCACUUUCUAAUAAUUGAAAAGUAGUAUACGAUUUCUUCUGAACAAUAUAGAAUGUGAAUAAGUGCGUUAUCAGUGAGCAGUGAUAGUUGUCAAAUAACGAUAAAUUAGUAUUCAAUAAUAACUGGAAUGCAGCGCCUUGUUAUGAUUUGUGAGCCACAUUUUAUUUCGAUCAAAGUUACACAAGUAGCUAUUUUAUCAGGUAAUAUUGGGAAUUGAACAAGUCAAUAUCGAUAAACAGUAACAGCACUUCUGAACUUCCAAAAUCAUUCCAAUGAUAUUGCAAUACUUGAAAACAUUUUUCAUUGUACAUAAAACUAAGGAGAAUUGCUAACGUAAAUGCAGAUUCAAUUUCUUGUUGUGGGAUAGCUAGUGAAACAAUUUAAGGUAAAUUGAUAUUAGUUUCAUGUUUGUAUAAUAUUGUGUAAAAUUUAUAUUUAUUGGUAGUUUUCAUUCUAUUGAAUAAAAAUUAAAUUUUGAUAGUAA